UUGCAUGAAUGGCGGUUUUCACUGCAGAGCAGAGGACGCUCUCGAAGCGGCUGGUCACCACAAUCAGCGGUCUUCAGCCGUCAGACGAGAACUUUGAACUCUGUUUCCAGUAUGUCAAGUCAAACUUUCGCCACCAUCGUUUCCUGGACGUAGACAGUUUCAAAGUCACCCGCACCAUCAAAGGACUCGUAGAGAAAUUCCGUGUGCUCUCGCAAGAGGCGAGAGCAGAAGCUCUGGACUCUCUCACCACUUCUUUCCUCUCCUCCAGACUCCACGGCUCCUACGAACAGUCGGAGAUCCACUAUGGAGUGUUGCAGCUGCUCCUCUCACUCUCCGAGAAUCCCACUGGAUCUCCAUGGAAACCUCCUCGAGGGGAAGACCCUGUUCGUCAAGAGGAGGAGGAGAGGUUUGACUGGCAGGCCUAUCUGAGAGAAGGAAUUGAAUUUCAAACCUACAGUGACAGCGACAGUGAGUGGUCCCAAGUCUCUGAAGGUGAUGACCAAAAGACUAAGCUUCGCCAAGAGAGAGCUGUGUUCAAUGAUUCAGAUGUGGGGGAAGAAGAUGAGGAAGAGGAGGAACCCAGUGGCAUGUCUGCUCAAAGGGCGGAAGUGUCUGAGUCCCGUGCCUGGCUCCUGAGUCACGUCGUGUACCCAUACUGGAAGCAGUCUCAUCCCUACCACCGUCCAGUGGGUGUGGCCUCGCCCUCAAGCCACACCCACCCCCACCCUGCCUGUACUCUCGCAGAGAAAUGGAGAGCGUACAGAGAAGAGGUGGACCCAUUUCUGGCCCCCGGAGAUGACGUCACCACUCUGGACGAGGUCGACGUAGUGAGAGAGACACUGUGGUUGGUCUUUUUCUUUUAAUAUCUCCAAACUUAAUGUGCAUGUCUCGACAACUUGGUAACGAGGUAGAAAGGCAAGGCAAGGCAAAUAAGUCAACUACACCCAGGACAGCUCUUUCUUUUCAAAGAAAAGAAGAAGAGUUGCCCUGGGUGGGAUUCGAACCCAC